AUGCGGCGUGUCGCUGUAGCACUUCUCGGCGUCCAAUUAUUCGCUGUCGCUGUCAAUGGUUUUCUAUUCAUUGGACCAUCUUGCGGUUGCACACCAUCUCCAGCUUGUCCAUACAUGCCAAUCUCUUGUAACCAGAAGCCGAUAGUACAUUCUGCCAAGACGGUCGCGCAACAACCAAUCCCCGUUUACUCGGUUCCCGAUGAUCUUGAUCUGAGAGCUGCUGCUUUCGGUGUUCCGCUUGUCCCACAAGAAUUACCAUCGACAUUCGAAAUUUUGCAUAAUCUUGGUGAUUUGCAUGCAAAUUCGCCUUCUGAAAAUCCUGUUGUCGAUGGAAAUUCGAAUACCGAUUAUGUUCCAAGGGACAAUGAUGAAGAUCUCACAGUUAUCGACAAUGGAGGCUUGGUUGGGUCCAAAGAUAUUCGCCGAUCACCGCAACCCACUAUUCAUGUCCACCAGGACGUCGAGGAUUCUACGUCGAAUGUGUCGGAGCCGCAUGUUGAAGAAAAUUUGGAUCUUAAUAAGUGCAACAGCCAAGUUCUGAAGAAAUUAAUGCUCGAGAAUAUGAACGACAGUUCAGCAGAAUCAAAAAAGAAAAUAAACGCUGCAGCAGAAAUCAAGCUUGGAGGAAAUGUAGAUGUAAUCUGUUCUCGAGGGCACUUUUCCUAUAUUUUCACUUCGAACCUAUUCUGCGAGGCAAGCAAAGGCUUAACCACAUGUAUAGCUUUUCGGCAAGCCGAAAAAAUUACACGCAAUUGA